GUGUGUGGCGCUGGAGCCCCGGAUGUCUGUCUCCUGUGCGUAAAGUCUUCUCGUUGGUCAGACGCAGCGGCUCUCUCUCCGUGGACCCUCCCACCAGCAGAAGAGUGACACGCCAUUCAAUCUGCUGCUGCCUGGCCCUUCGCUUGUAGGAAUCAGGAGGGAGCUGUGAGUCUUCGUACAGAAGGAUAAUAAGAAUAUCUGAUAAUACCGAGGCCUCUGUGCUGCGUGAAGAAAAAAGUUGCACUGAAUCGUGUCGACAUGGGGAUCCGAAAGAAGACUAGCAAGACCCCGCCGGUGCUGAGCCAUGAGUUUGUCAUCCAGAACCAUGCAGAUAUUGUUUCCUGUGUUGCUAUGGUGUUCCUUCUCGGGCUGAUGUUUGAGGUCACCUCAAAGUUUGCAGUGUUAUUCAUAACUGUCCAGUACAACGUCACCAUAUCAACAAACAGCCCGGAGGAGACGGUCGUGAACCAAUUCCACCACGGCAUCAAGGACCUGGCCACCACCUUCUUCUACAUGCUGGUGGCCAUCAUCAUGCAUGCCAUCAUCCAGGAGUAUGUGCUGGAUAAAGUCAACAGGAAGAAGCACUUCUCCAAAACUAAGCACAGCAAGUUCAACGAGUCGGGCCAGCUCAGCGCCUUCUACUUGUUCUCCUUCGGAUGGGGCGCGAGCAUCCUGCUUUCUGAAAAACUCCUGUCCAAUCCAGUCGGCCUGUGGGAGGGUUAUCCCCACACACUGAUGCCAUUCCAGAUGAAAUUCUUCUUCAUUUGUCAGCUGGGCUACUGGUUACACGCUCUCCCAGAACUGUACUUCCAAAAGACAAAGAAGGAGGAUAUUCCACGCCAGCUUGUGUACGUCUUCCUCUACCUGGUCCACAUCGCAGGCGCCUACAUGCUGAAUCUGAACCGUCUGGCUCUGGUCCUGCUGGUGUUGCACUACUUCGUCGAGCUUCUGUUCCACGUGUCUCGCCUGAUCUACUUCAGCAACGAGAACAGACAAACGGGUUUCUCCAUAUGGGCCGUGUUGUUUGUCCUUGGACGGCUGCUCACGCUGUCCCUGUCCGUCCUCACGGUGGGCUUCGGCCUCGCCACAUCUGACGAUCAAGGCUUUGAUUUGGCUGCAGGAAACUUUAAUGUGAUUUUUGUUCGGAUAACUGUCCUGGCUGCCAUCUGCCUCACUCAGGCCUUCAUGAUGUGGAAAUUUAUCAACUUCCAGCUGCGCCGGUGGAGAGAGCACGGUCAGGCUCAGACCUUGAAAAAGAAACAAGUUCCUACCAAGAGCAAAGCAAAGAAAGACAAAGCCAACGGAGUAAACGGAGUGAACUCCAACGGCGCCGAUUCACCAAGAGCAAGAAAAGAGAAGUCGUCCUAAAUACAUUCAGCCCUCUCUUUACACCUCCCCCACCCCCACACACACACACACACACACACACACACAAUCACACACACACACACAGGACUGACCUCCCUGCUGGACUUAGCUUUGCUUGUCGCCAGUCGUCCAGCUCGCCUUGAUCUUAACAAUCAUCGCUCUGCUGUGCCAUUUCAAAUGAAAAGAAAACUAAUUCCGAAAUAAACUUUGAGAAAAAAAAAAGAGCUUAUUUAAGAAGUGCCUAUUGAUACAGAUUGUUUUGUACAGGGUGUGUCAUUUUAAAAUUUUCAGGAACGAUGACGUCAGUGUUUAAUGUUUCUCCCAAGUCGGGUCAUUUUAUGCUCCCCCCCCCCCCCCCCCCCCCAAAUAGUGUGUAUUCCAUCUUGUGAUUUAAUCCUCUCUUUUGUAUUUAUAAGAGCCCAAACCAGAUUCUAUGACUCCAGUCUCCUUCGAGGGAUGAUUGUGAACAUUGUGUGGAGUUUCUGAAUAUCUCUCCAUCGGUGAAGGUUGUCUUGUUACAAUCUCUGGGUUCAAACUCACACAGCCAGACACGUUCUAAUGUCCCCACGUCAGAGAGUGGCAACAGGACACGUCCCCCCCCCCCCACCCGUCAUGAGCAGAUUCACAGUCGGCACAGACGUAGUACCUGACGUAGCAUUUAACUAUCCACCCGCUUUGUAAUCGCAACAUGAAAUGAUCCUGAAUCUGUUGCAGUUCUGCUACAACUCUGUCAAUAAAUGAGCACACAGAACUUUGUAAGAGAUGGAAAUCAGGCGAUGACCUCCCUUUAGUGCGAUUGAGUCGCUGUUUGGUCCCUUAUGAUGUUAAGGUGGAAUGGGUUUACUGUAUUGGGCCUUGCAUAGUAUUACUUACCUUUUUUUUUAAAAUGUUCACAGGAAUGAUUUGUCGUUGGCGGACUGGGAAUCCGAUCACGUUAGUUUCUCCUCCUGAAGACUGUGCCAAACGAGCUGAUUGACUGUUGACGCCUUUCACUCACAUUAGAUGAAUUUACAAAGUGAUGGAGUUCAGUCGACUGUAUUGUAACAAUCAAUCACCAAGGUAACGCUGGCUGUUUCUACAGAGUAAACCCAGUAACUCAUUGUAAGUACACGUCAGCAGUGUGUGGGUUUCUCUACUCGUCCCGAUGGUUCAUCUGUCAUACAAAGAAAUAAAAUGUUUUAUUGAAAAAAUU